AUGAACGAACGAUCCUACUGGAUUCCACGUUGGAAUACGGUGUACGGGAUAAAAACCCAAACCCUCCACCGGAAAAACCAAAUCCCCCGCCUCUAUAAGUAUCCCCACCGCCGAUCACUUAUCAACACAGCAACACUCACAGCUCUCUUUUCCUUUCGAUUCUCAACACUCAACAAACCCCUUAAGGAGAAGCUUUCUACAUUUUAUGGAUUAUAGACAUCUUCUAGAAGAGGAAGUUGCGAGGGAAUCUCUCAUCGCCAUUUCAAACGGUGUUGAAGAAAUUGUUUAUUUACCAGAGUCUGAAAAAUGGAAACGGCGUAGAAGAUGCUACAGUUAUCCAUAAUGCUAAAAUCAAGACCAUUGAAGAUGAACUGAUCAGAUCAGAAUUGAUAUCAAUUGCUGCUUUUGAAUCAUCGGCAGCUGAUAACAACAGUGACGAAUCCUGAACUCCUGAUGUUUAAAUUUUUUGAAUAUUAUGAUACAUUCCAAAGUCUUCAAGAUUGUUACUUGACUUUCUAAUAGAUGUUAACAUUUUGCCCUAUCAUUAUCGUAAUGAAAAUAAGUGUAAAUUAUUAUGCAUAUCAAUGUUGCAAUGUUAUCGUGUUAGGCUCCGGCCUACAUUUAUAUAAUAUAAAAUUUU